UUUUUUUAUGCUUUUUUGUUUAAAAAUUUCGCGACAUUUUUUGAUGAUAAAAAUCUAAUGAAAAUAUUUUAAACUUUUAUUAUGUAAUGUAUGUUUCGAUUUUACAGAUUUAUUAAUAAAUAAGCUUUACUAUGUUGGAGUUGCCUCGUAUAACAAGAGCUCUGAGAGCUCACACACAGUUAGAUAAACACCGUUGUCUGAAACCUUUGAAAACUGCAACGCCAAAUUUUGUAACACCCAAAAACUUACAAAGAUUCAAAUCCUAUAUAGAUAUUUACAACUACAUCAAACAUAAUGAACCUGAUCCGGAGCAAAAGAUUAAAACGCUUGAGCUUCUCAAAGAAUCUUGUAAACAACUCACUGGUGAUGAGUCAGAUGAAUUCCUUCAAGAUGCAGCGGUGAUGGUGCUAAGAAUGUUCCUGGAACAGGAUAUUGUGAUGCUAAAACAUUUGAAUCAGUUACGACAAACUUUUGGAAAUGUCACAUCAGCAGUUGCUAAUAAAAUCUGUCAGAUUGUCACAAUGCUCUCGGAAGUUCUGUCUGAAGAAUCAAAAGAGUUUAUAAAAAAGGAAAAGCAUGAAGAAAUUGAAGACAAUAUAAAAUUAUGGGGUGAGAAUAUCCAGUGCAAUUAUAUCCCUUAUCAAAGAAUGAAAAAACCCCUAGCGAAGCUGACUAGCAAAUCUGCAACGGAAAGUGCAUUUGUAACUGAUUUCUCAAUGAAAUAUACAAAUGAAAAGAAAGAGAAUGGCAUUAUAAAAAAAACGCACACUCGUGUGGGUUCUAAGUAUGAUAAAACUUGGCUUGAAUCUAAAGUUAAAGAACAGUAUGUCAACAGUAGUAUUUCAAGUGCAGACAUUCUACAAUCAGUCAUUACAUUUCUCAACUCCACUCGAAGUAAUGAUGAAAUGCAAAAUGAUCUGUUUGAACUACUAGGAUUUGAUAAAUUCGAAUUCAUUCAAGAGAUUCUCGAACAUAGACAAAAUAUCACAGAGAGUUUGAUGGCACCAAUACAACCUACAAUCUCAGAAAUUGCAGCAAUGUUACCAGAAAACAAAAUGCCACAGUAUCUCUGUCAAGUAUCGGUUCUCUCUGAACAGGAGAAAAUGCUAGCAAAACUGGUUAGGAAAGAAGAGAAAAAGGCAAAACAAGUGAAGAAGAAUGAAGGUGAUGAAGAUGACCAAGAAAUUAAUAUUGCACAAUUAAGGUCGAAAAGGAUAGCAGAACUAUCAAAACCUGUAGUACCAUUUUCUACUUCAAAAUCUACAAACAACACUGAUCCCAUUCUCCAAAAGAUAUCAUACUUUCAAACUAAAGUCCAGUAUCCUAAUGUUUAUGACUCUUCAAUAAAUGCUAAAAAUUCUGCUGGUUUCGUAUCGGGAUUAAAAUUAAUACUGCCAGAAAGUGCUAUAAGAAAAGACAAUAAAGAAUACGAAGAAGUAAUUAUUCCCAAAAACGAUCCUGCACCCCUCGAAAUUGGAAAUAAAAGAGUUCCAAUAUCAGAUAUGGAUGAAAUCGGCCAAAUGGCGUUUGAAAAUAUAAAAGAAUUGAACCGAAUACAAUCAGUAGUAUUCCAAACAGCGUACAACACUAAUGAAAACCUCUUGAUAUGUGCACCUACUGGAGCUGGCAAGACAAACAUUGCGUUGCUGACAGUUGUACAUCAAAUCAAACAACAUAUUGAGAAUAACGUUAUUAUGAAAAAUAAAUUCAAGAUCAUCUAUAUAGCACCAAUGAAAGCGUUAGCUUCUGAAAUGACAGCAAGUUUCGGAAAACGACUCCGUGGUCUCGGAAUAACAGUGCGAGAAUUAACUGGGGAUAUGAAAUUGACAAAAAGCGAGGUGCAACAAACCCAAAUGAUAGUUACUACUCCGGAAAAAUGGGAUGUGGUUACAAGAAAGGGAGCCACGGACACUGAACUAGCGUCAAUAGUGAAAUUGCUCAUUAUAGACGAAGUUCAUCUACUGCAUGGAGAUAGAGGGCCCAUAGUCGAGGCAAUAGUAGCUAGAACGCUGAGACAAGUUGAAUCAACGCAAAACAUGAUCAGGAUCGUAGGGUUGUCAGCUACGCUUCCCAACUAUCUAGAUGUUGCCAGAUUCUUACGAGUGAAUCCAAAUAUCGGUCUGUUUUUCUUCGACUCGAGAUUUCGUCCUGUUCCUCUCGAACAACAGUUCAUUGGCGUGAAAGAAGUUGGUGGUGGUGGAGGAUCCCAUCUGAGACAGAUGCAAACAAUGAACGAGAUAUGCUAUGAUAAAGCCAUAGAUAUGGUUCAAAAAGGGCACCAAGUAAUGGUGUUUGUACACGCUCGUAACGCAACGCACCAAACAGCGAUGGUUCUCAAAGAGAUAGCUCAAAAGAAAGGGCACUUAAAACACUUCGAACCAGAAGACUCGGGAGGUUUCUUGAAAGCUAAAAAGGCGAUAGGCAGCAGUCCUAAUAAGCAGUUGAGCGAAUUGUUCGCGUCUGGUUUCGCUUGCCAUCAUGCUGGAAUGUUGAGAAGCGAUAGGAAUAUGGUUGAAAAAUACUUUGCCGAAGGUUAUAUAAAGGUCCUGGUUUGCACAUCUACCUUAGCCUGGGGUGUAAACUUGCCAGCCCACGCCGUUGUAAUUAGGGGUACAGAAAUCUACGAUCAAAGUCACGGCACAUUCGUCGACCUGAGUAUUUUGGACGUGCUACAAAUAUUCGGUCGCGCUGGCCGUCCGCAGUUCGAUAGUAGCGGUACUGGUAUUAUUAUAACUACACACGACAAACUAACACAUUACUUGAAGAGUAUGACCAAUCAGUUCCCAAUAGAGAGUAAUUUUAUUAAUCUUCUGGCGGAUAAUUUGAAUGCUGAGGUGGGUCUAGGUACAGUCACAAACAUAGAUGAGGCAGUAGAAUGGCUGAGUUACACAUAUCUCUUCGUCAGAAUGAGGAUCAAUCCACAGGUAUAUGGACUUACCUACACUGAUGUACAAGAAGAGCCGAUGCUUGAGACGAAACGCCGUGAGCUGAUCACGGCGGCGGCAAUGCAGUUGGACAGAACACAUAUGAUACGCUACAACGAACGGACUGGAGACUUGAAUAUAACUGAUCUUGGUCGCACGGCAAGCCAUUACUAUAUAACUUGUGAAACAAUGGAGGUAUUCAACUCUAUGGUCAGAAAGUCAAUGACCCAAGCAUACGUACUGGAGAUGCUCACGAGAUGUUCAGACUUUCAACAGCUUAAGGUUAGAAAAGAAGAGUUGACCGAGUUGUGGAAUCUGAAAGACCAGUAUUGCGAAUUGCGCAUCGAAGACCCACCAGAAGACAUACAUUGGAAGAUAAACAUAUUACUUCAGACUUAUCUAUCUCGAGGGAGAGUGAACGGUUCCUCGUUACAGUCCGAUUUAAACUAUAUAAGUCAGAACGCCGUUCGAAUAGUUCGCGCGCUGUUCGAAAUAACACUACGCAAAAACAACGCGUACAUGGCUGCGUUAUAUUUGAAAAUGGCAAAAAUGUUAGAGCUACAACAAUGGGAUUUCUACAGCGACAUGAGACAGUUCAACUGUUUCCCAAAUGAGGUGCUCAAGCAUAUUGAAUACCCUAUGCUUAAGCCUGAUCAGAUACGUGAUAUGGACUGGAAGGAAGUGGGUGACCUCAUUAGAAAUCCUAAAACUGCAAGACACCUCAAGAAAUGCGCUGAUGAAUUUCCAUUGCUCGAGAUGGAGGCGAGUCUGCAUCCAAUAACGAGGACAGUGCUGCGGAUAAGGCUCACUAUCAUACCUAAUUUCAAAUGGAACGACAAAUAUCACGGCAAAGCGCCCGAGGCAUUCUGGAUAUGGGUGGAGGAUCCGGAUACAGAUAUAAUGUACUAUCACGAGUACUUCCUCAUUACCAAGAAACAGGUUAUGUCACAAGAACCUCAAGAGCUAUUAAUAACAAUACCAAUAUCUGAGCCGCUACCACCCCAAUACUACAUAAGGGCAACAUCGGAAAGAUGGCUAGGCGCAGAGAGUGUUUUGCCACUUACAUUCCAACAUCUCAUUCUACCGGAAACACACCCUCCACACACGGAUUUACUAGAACUCCAACCGUUACCAGUGACAGCCCUGAACAAUCCUUCGUAUGAACUUCUAUACAACUUUACACAUUUCAAUCCUAUACAAACACAGAUAUUCCAUUGUCUGUAUCACACAGACCACAAUGUGUUAUUGGGAGCGCCAACCGGUUCUGGCAAGACUAUUGUCGCUGAAGUUGCCAUGUUUAGAGUAUUUAACCAAUACCCUAACUGUAAGGUUGUUUACAUAGCACCAUUGAAAGCGUUGGUCAAAGAACGCAUAAAAGACUGGAAAGUGAGAUUGCAAGAGAAAUUAGGGAAGAAUGUUGUUGAAUUAACAGGGGAUGUAUCACCUGACAUUCGUUCAAUCAAAAGUUCCCACGUCAUAGUGACAACGCCAGAGAAAUGGGACGGAAUAAGUAGAUCGUGGCAAACAAGAAACUACGUCAGAGACGUAGCAUUAAUAGUUAUUGACGAAAUUCACUUAUUGGGUGAAGAUAGAGGACCUGUGUUGGAAGUCAUCGUGUCUAGAACGAACUUCAUAGAAUCUCACACAUCGAGACGCUUACGCAUCAUCGGUCUGUCUACAGCGUUGGCGAACGCAAAAGAUCUCGCUAACUGGCUCAAUAUUGGGGAAAUGGGUCUAUACAACUUUAGGCCUUCGGUUCGACCCGUGCCUUUAGAGGUCCACAUAUCCGGUCACCCUGGCCGUCACUACUGUCCACGUAUGAUGACCAUGAAUAAGCCAACGUUCCAAGCUAUACGGACGCAUUCGCCGUGUGCGCCCACACUAGUGUUCGUGUCCAGUAGACGACAAACCAGAGCAUGGUCUAAAGUAUUACUGAUCAAACAACUUUUUCUCCGUAAUUCUAGGUUAACAGCAUUAGAUCUGAUUGCUUACUUAGCCGCGGAAGAUAAUCCAAAGCAGUGGUUACACAUGCAAGAAUCUGAAAUGGAACAAAUAUUAGCCAACAUAAAAGAAUCCAACUUGAAGUUAACACUGGCUUUCGGAAUCGGCAUACACCAUGCGGGCUUGCAUGAAAGAGAUAGAAAUACUGUAGAGGAACUAUUUAUUAAUCAAAAGAUACAGGUCCUCAUCUGCACGGCAACUUUAGCUUGGGGUGUGAACUUCCCAGCACAUCUCGUGGUGAUCAAAGGAACAGAAUACUACGACGGCAAACAGAAACGAUACGUCGAUAUGCCUAUAACAGACGUACUGCAAAUGAUGGGCAGAGCUGGACGACCACAGUACGACAACGAAGGCGUAGCGGUAGUGUUAGUGCACGACCAGAAGAAGAAUUUCUACAAAAAGUUCCUGUACGAACCGUUCCCGGUCGAAUCCAGCUUACUGGAAGUAUUAGCCGACCAUUUGAACGCCGAAAUUGUUGCUGGAACUGUACAAACGAAACAAGACAUUCUGGACUAUAUGACAUGGACUUAUUUCUUCCGGAGACUGCUCAAGAACCCGUCCUAUUACAAAUUAGAGAGUUUGGAACCACAAGACGUUAAUUACUACUUGAGCAAUCUCGUCCAAACAUCACUUGACCAACUUUCUAACGCUAAUUGUGUAGAAAUCGAAGAGGACCAACGUACGGUCCACUCGACAUGGAUGGGUCGUAUAGCUUCCUACUAUUACUUGUCUCACAAGACUAUGGCUCACUUCAGUAAAGAGUUGCGCGGAGACUUGAAUACAGAUCAACUUCUGCGGGUGCUAGCGGAUGCUGAAGAAUAUGCGACCUUACCGGUACGACAUAACGAGGACUUGCUUAACGGGGAAUUGGCCCAAAACUGUCGUUUACCUGUGGAUUCUCUCUCCCUGGACUCGUCCAACGUGAAGGCGUUCCUGUUACUGCAGGCGCAUAUGACUCGGCUCACUCUACCCAAUGCCGAUUACUUGACCGAUACCAAGUCUGUACUCGAUCAGACCAUAAGGAUACUCCAGGCGAUGAUAGACACAUCAGCAGAAAACGGCUGGUUGGCCGUCUGUCUGUCAUGUCAAAUGUUAAUGCAAAGCAUUGUGCAAGCUCGAUGGCCAGCAGAAUCACCUCUAACUACCCUCCCGCACGUGGACUCGCAACAUCUGUACAUGUUCUCGCAUAUGAGCAAAGAUACUAACAAACCGUGUACCAUGUUAAACGGACUGAAGGUGGCGUGCAUGAGGAAUUAUGAGCUAUUAGCGAAAUAUUUGAGACGAGAAAUGGAGGAGAAUCAAAUCGAGCAGAUACAUAGGGUUAUUUGCGACCUUCCGACGCUAGACAUAAAAUUGAUGGUACGAGGUUUAUGGUUCGACGGUGACCACGAGCAAGAAAAACGUAUACCACAACCUCCUUCAAGAGAUCGGUGGCUCCCUCUACAUGGUGACCAGGAAUACACUCUAAUAUUGGACAUGCAACGUCGCGGCGGCAAUCCCAACAAUGUGAUAUGUCCGAGAUUCCCGCGCGGCAAGAACGAAGGUUGGUUCGUGACCUUGGGUACUGUGGAAUAUGGAGAACUACACGCGUUGAAGAGAGUUGCUUCGAAAGGAACCUCGCAAAUCACUUUCUACACGCCUUCACAACGAGGGCGCAUAAUAUACACUGUUUACAUCAUGAGUGAUAGUUACAUGGGUCUGGACCAACAAUAUGAUCUACAAUUUGAAAUAUUAGAUCCAAUUCCACAGGAAAAUGUAGAAAAAAAUUAUGAUUGUAUUGAUAAGACGUUGAUAGAAUGAAAAUUGUGAUUUAUAGCAAUAAAUUAUUGUUAUUACUGUUAAAUA